AUGUCAUAUAAUUUUCCAAGCGAAGUGAUCUAUCUAUCUAUCUGUCUGUCUGUCUGUCUAUCUAUCUAUCUAUCUAUCUAUCUAUCUAUAUAUCUAUCUAUCUAUUCAGUCAGGUUGUUUCUGUUCAUUAUCUAUGCCAAUCUGUUCAUUUUCAUCCAGUUUGCUUGUUUCUCUAUCUAUCUACAUGGUGCAAUAUUUCAUUAUCUAUCUAUCUAUCUAUCUAUCUAUCUAUCUAUCUAUCUAUCUAUCUAUCUAUCUAUCUAUCUAUCUACUCGUGACAAGACUCGUGACGAGACUCGUGAUGAGACUUGUGACGAGACUCGUGACGAGACUCGUGACGAGACUUGUGACGAGACUCGUGACGGUACUCGUGACGAGACUUACGACCUCGUCUCGGCUCUCAUCACCACGGCAGGUAGUUCGUUGUCUGCCGAUGAAUCACCAUCUGUACACCCGACUUUUCUACGCCUUCCGUUAUCCUGUCGCUCUUGUCCCUCAACACCGAGAGAAAAAAAAAAAACUUUUAUCACUUCACUUUCCUUCUCUAUAGACGUCCCCAGCUAUCACCAUCACGCUUGUUCCUAUUGCUGUCUUCCUUUUGUUAUCCUAAUCAACCUCUUCGUCGUCGCCUUCCGUGUUCGGCUUCGCGACAGAGGUGGUUAUCUUAAUUCCUCUCUUUUCCGCCGCUGUUACUCGCUUUUGUUGUUAUUAUUGUGA